AUGAGGCCGUCCGUGUCAGCCACCAUACUCCAACCCGGCGGUGACGACAAGAGGCUGCGACGGAGGAUCCAGAACCGGCUGAACCAGAGAGCGCGCAGGUUCCGUGUGAAGAAAGACAAAUGCCCGCCCGAGGAGUUCGAGCGCGUUCCGUACAAAGUCCACCGUUGGCGACUCGGGGACGGGGACUAUGAGCCCGAGCAGGCACCGCCGCAGACCCGCGAUAUUGUACUAUCAUCUGCACCCAGCCAUGAGGACGACAAACAUGAUGAAAACCACUCAUCUGAGUUCGAGCGAGCUGCUAGCCCAGCCGCAUCCGUAUCCACAUCAGAAUCAACAGCCAUCACCACCAGCAACCCUCCAACCCAACCCCGGCAACCCACCCCCACUCUCCCAGCCGACCACCUCCUCCACCUAAUCUACAGCAACGUCUUCCGCGGGCUCUACCAAAACAAGCUCGUGCUCGAAGCGCUCAGCCUCUUCCUCCUCCCCGGUUCCUCACAAAUCGCCAUCCUCCACAGCGGCACCAUCUACCCCACCGACUCCAUCAUGGUACCCGUAGAGCCCAACAUCCCCGACUGUCUGACCCCAAUCCCCUCGCAGUCCAGCCUCGCACACUCCUCUUGGAUCGACCUGAUCCCUUUCCCGCAGAUGCGCGAGAACCUCAUCACGUGGGAGUCCUGCUUCGACCACGCCGACUUCGUCAGGGAUUUGGUUGGAGGCUAUGGGAACUGGAUGACAUUUCGUCCGCCGUCGUGCGUGCUGGAUCCGGCGGUGACGGGACGGAUUGUCCUCCUGGAGGGAGAUGAUGAUGAGGUGACGACCUCGCGGAGGGGAUUCUUGGUGUGGGGAGAACCACAUAGGGCCGAGAGUUGGGAGGUGACGCCGGGGUUUCUGAGGAAGUGGUCGUGGGCGGUGGAGGGGUGUGAGGGGUUGAUUGAGUCGAGUAAUCGGUGGAGGAUGGCGAGGGGGGAGGAGCCGAUGAGGGUUUCAAGAGUGGUUGUUUGA